GCUUAUUUACUCGACGAUUUUCAUAGUGUCGCCAUUUUCCAUACCGCGUCAAUUUCCUCGUUGUAAAUUUUCUUUGCAAAGCCAAUUGUCUCUUUCGCAGGUAUAUUUUCAGAGAAAUAGCCGUGCAAAUGUCUCAUCCACGCAAUGAGUGCCGCAUUUACGUGGGAAACCUACCGCCAGACAUACGCACAAAGGAUAUUCAGGAUCUCUUCCACAAGUUUGGAAAAGUUACAUUUGUCGAUUUGAAGAACAGACGGGGACCCCCGUUUGCUUUUGUGGAGUUUGAGGAUGCUCGGGACGCUGAUGACGCAGUAAAAGCUCGCGAUGGGUACGACUACGAUGGGUAUCGGCUACGAGUGGAAUUCCCACGUGGUGGGGGCCCGGGGAGCUACAGGGGUAGUCGCAGCAAUGACCGCAGCCGUGGAUCUGACGGUGGUGGAAGCCGCAGCACGCGCCCACCGACCAAGAGGUCCCAAUUCCGUGUGGUGGUCACUGGAUUGCCCCCAUCUGGAUCGUGGCAGGAUCUCAAGGAUCACAUGCGAGAGGCUGGAGAUGUUUGCUUUGCCGACACGUACAAAGAUGGGACUGGAGUGGUGGAGUUCCUUCGUCAUGAGGACAUGAAGUAUGCCAUCAAGAAGUUGGAUGAUUCCAGAUUCCGUUCCCAUGAGGGAGAAGUGGCGUACAUUCGUGUUCGAGAGGAUUCUGGGGAUGAUCGUCGUGACAGCUUCCGCGACCGCUCCCGUUCUCGCUCCUUCUCACCCCGACGUCGCCGAGGGACACCAACGUACUCACCAGUACGUCGUUCAUUCUCCAGAUCACGGUCAGACUCACGAUCCAACUACUAAAACAAAACAAAAAAUCCCAAAACAUAAAAAACAACGGACACCGACUUUCUUCAUUUCCAGCACUCGAAGAAUGGUUUAAUUUCGGCAAACACAAUAGGAUUUUCAUGAUUGGGAGAGAGAGAGAGGAUGGGGAGUUUAUGGAAAAAAAUGGGUGGAAAGAAAAAAUCUGGACUUCAUGAAGGAAGUAUUAUCACAUACUUUUAGAUAUUUUACUUAUCAAUAUAUUCUUUCUAAUAUUCCUCUUUUAAUUACAACAUUAAUUAUUAAAUUUAUAAUGUACCCCCACUCCAUUUUUCUGCAAAAUUGAUUUUAUAAAAACAUGAAAAAAAUGCAAGCAAGUAGUACAUUAUUUUUCUUACCACACUAUUGAAUUUAUCUUUCAUCACAAAUUAUAAAUUCUUUUUUUUUAAGUAAAUUUACUACAAAAAUAUAAAAUAACUUUUCUCAACAGGAACCAAUUUUUGCUAAAAAAAAAAAAAGAAAACAAUUCACUGAAGAUUCUCCAAAUGAAAAAAAAAAGUGUUAGAAUUUAUAAAAAAAAAAUGAACGAGUUGGUAGAGAAAAGAAUCUUCAGAUGAGAAGAAACUAAAUACAAAAAAAAAGAAAUACUAAAGUAAGAUUUAAAAAAAAAUUUCUAUAAAAAACAUCGCUAAAUGAGAAACUUUCAUAAUUCGUAGAUGAGAAAUUUAGAAUAAGAAAAGGAUGAUUUACUAAUAUUCUAUCUUAUUAUACAAAUUGCAUUUUGCCAAUUUUAAACUAAUUCUACUUUUCUUUCUUUUUUUUUCCUUAAUUUACCCUCGGAUAAGAGAUGAUUUUAAAAUAUAGAUGUGGAUUUCGGGGAUGGAUGAUUUCACUGGACAGAGAAAUGAUUUGAAUUGGACUCUGGAAGGAAAGGAUUAGGAUUUUUUUGAGAGAAAAGAAGAAAAGAGAAAGAGAAAGAGGUAGUAGGAUGGAUGGAUCAGGAUGGAUCGUGGAUCACACGUGGGAUUUCAUGUGAAAAAAAAUAAUGCAAAAAUCUUCAAAAAAAAAGGAUUUUUGGAUAAACGCUCCACUUGACAUUCGGGAUAGGAUUCAUUUAGGAUGGUGUGGCAAUUUUGGAUUUUGCGAGGAUUUCUGCGCGGUGUGAGAAAUUGGAUUUAAAAAAAAAAGAAAGAAAGAAAAUGAGAAAAAAUGGAAGUGGUGUCAGGAUUGGAUGGAAAAUGGAUAAUUGAGGAGGAUUUCAAAGUAGGACAGAUGAGAAAAUCGUGGGAUAAGGAUUGCAAUAUGUUACAGGAUUAAUGGGUAUGAUGACAUUGAUGUGAAGUAUUCUUUUCUAAUCUAAUUCUCCUUAAUUAUUUGAUUUUUUUUUCUAACUUAACAUCCCACUUUUUCCCGUCCCCUAACUUUCAAAGAAUUCUGCAAAAUUGUUUUUACUUUUUUUUUUACAGUUUCUUUUAUGCAAAAAAGAUUCAUUUUUUCAAAAAAGUUUGAGCUGAAAAGUAAUCUGAAAAGCUUGAAAUUUUCAACUGAGAAACUUUUUAAGAUUUAAAGCAAAAUUUAAACAUUCCAGACUAAAUGUCUUAAAAUUAAGGAUUAUUUUUUAACAUUAGGUAAAAACUGUUGCUGAUCUUAGCGCAAAACUACAGUGUUCCUACCCUAACUUACAGAUCUCUAAAACUGACAAAAUCUGAUGGGAUCAAAUAUUUUUUAAUUAAACCAAGAAAAAGUCUUAAUCGUAAAGCUUUGUUUACGAUUCAAACUAGACUUUUAAUGUUUCUGUUUUAUGAAUUCAUUCAAGGACACAAUUCGCGUAAUUUUGUAGAGAAUCAAAAACAGAUUUAGAAAUUGCUUAACCCGUUAAGGAUCGAUAAGACGUUUUCGUCCCACAGACAGGUUCGAUUUUGAAAAUGGGUAAUUAUGCAUAAUUACUUUAUGUUUUUUACUUGGAUUAUCUCUUUAAAUCGAAAAACGAAAACCAAACAAAAUUUAAAGUUAGGACUUUCGCCAAAAUAGUUUUAUUUGAGUUCAAAGACACGCUUAAAAAUUAUUUUUAUUACCUUAGACCCGCUGGAUUCCCUACAAUCCUUAAAAGGUUAACCGAUCUAACCAUUUUCCCAAAAACGCAAACUCUGACGUCACUAUUGUGUUUCUUGCCUGUUUAAAUGCAUAAAACAUUUGCGCUAAUGUUUUGUAUAAUUACAUUUUCUCAAUCCUCGUGAAACAAAAACAUUAAAAUUGUGAUCAAGUUUUGCAAACUUUUUUAAACCUUUUCAGAAAUACUUUUCAGCAUAACUUAGAACAAAAUGCUUUACAAUUUUUUUAAAAUAACUUUUUGAAAGUUUUAUCAUGUAAAUUGACCACAAAUAGCAAUACAGACAGACAACAAUUUAAAAAAAAUUACAUAUUUUAGAGCUGAAAUAGUAAAAUAUUCUUUUACCAAUUUGACCACCUGGAAAAAUAUUAAAAAUAUUAUUUUAGCCAAAAAAAAACUUUUUUUCGUUUGUUCAAUGCAUGCGGCCAUUUAAUUAUUAUUAAUAAAAACAAAGAGUUGAAGAUUUUUGGUUUUUUUAAUGUUUUUUUUUCUCUGUAAUUUGUCUCUUAUUUUACAUUAUUUUAUAUAUUUCAUAAAUGUAAUAACAAAUAUGCAAAAAAAAAACAAUAUUCUUUAUCAAACACCUUGUGUAGAUAUUAUGUGAAUGUUGAUUUUCAGAACAUCCCUAAAGAGGAGAUUUGAAGUUCAAAAUAAAUUAGCGCAGAGUCCAAUUUGAAGGCA